AGCAUGGCUCAGAGUGGGGCUUCCGCUGUCCCUGGCGAAGGCUCCAUGGCAGAGCAGAAUGGCAUCGACCAGCAACAGGUUGCGCAGGCCACCGUCGCGGCAAGCAGGACUGUCACCUUCGAGCUGGAGGAGGGGCAGGGCAGUGCGCGCAGCCCGCGCGGUGCUCAGAGCCCGAGCGCCCCAGCGACCAGAAUGUCGACCAGGAUGUCAACCAGCAUGUCCAGGGUAACUCGGCGCCUGGCUAGCAGCAGGUCCCUUUGGCGCUACCCAUCGAGCCACGGCCAGAUCCCUCGCUACAUGCAGAGGGCAUUCCGCCUCAAGACCUUUGGCCUGAUGACUCUUCAGCUGGCCGCUGUCUUGGGCAUCGUGGUGCUGGCGAGGUGGUCAAAGGUGCCGGAGCACUUGGCAGAGGCGAUCAACAUGAUUUGGCGGCAGGGCAUUGUGUACUCCAUCGGCGUGCUGAAUCUGCUAGGCAUUUUCUUGCUCAACUGCUUCAAGGAUCGCUUCCCUUUGAAUUACUUGUUCCUGGGCUUGACCACCGUGAUCUCCGGGCUUUUUUGGUCCACGAUGCGCUGGGACACCUUCCAGCUUGUCACCGUGCAGAUCCAGGUUUUGGCCAUCCUCUGCGUGACCAUGCUUGUGGCCACCGUGGUCUCCUUUGUGCUGUCUGGCCUGGAGCGGAAGAUCGCGGACAAUCAGAUCCUGCUGCUGUCGCUGGUGCCCGCCUGGCUGUUCGGGUGCUGCACUGCUCUCCUGGCAGACUUGGCGCUGGGCGCCACACCGUCGCAGGUGCUGGGAUCCAUUGGCUGGUCCGUGGUGCUGCUGGGUAUCCUUUCCCUGGACGUAGGCAACCUACUUGUGCGCUGUGACCCGGAUGACUUCAUGCGAGUGCUGGUGGCCAUGAACUCCACGAUGCUCGUGGUGGUCAGCAUCCCCUUCUUCUUCCUAGCGUUCUGCGUCUUGCGGCUGGACCAAGCGCAGGAGGAGCUGGAGCCGGCGGUGACACAGAGCGAGGAGCCGGCGGUCAUCGGCGCGGGGGUUUAGCGCGUGGCAAGGUCUUUCCAGUCGUCGCCGGAUGUGUGAGUCUGGAUCCUUUGUCCAAAGCGGCAUAGUGAUCGCAUCUCGUGGACCGUCAGGACCUUUCCAC